UGAGUUUGGGGAAAAAAAAAUAAAAUAAAAAUGGCUUUCCCGGUCCUUGCAUCAACGGGAUGCCACAUUUCAUAACUUUUUAAUGGUAAAAAAAAAAAAAAAGGAAAAAAUACAAAAAAAAAAAACCUCUGAAGGACAAAAAAGGUGACUGCUGAACUGUGUGUGGUUUAUUGUUGUACAUUCACAAUCUUGCAGGAGCCGAGAAGUUAGCAGUUGUGGACAGACCCUGUUCACUGGAGAGGCCUGUGCAGUAGAGUGUAGACCCUUUCAUGUACUGUACUGUACACCUGAUACUGUAAACAUACUGUAAUAAUAAUGUCUCACAUGGAAAAAAGAGAAAACGCUGGGUCAGCAGCAAGCUGUAGUUUUUAAAAAUGUUUUUAGUUAAACGUUGAGGAGAAAAAAAAAAAAAAAAAAGGCUUUUCCCCCAAAGUAUCAUGUGUGAACCUACAACACCCUGACCUCUUUCUCUUCCUCCUUGAUUGUAUGAAUAACCCUGAGAUCACCUCUUAGAACUGGUUUUAACCUUUAGCUGCAGCCACUGCGCUGCCACGUGUGUAUAUAUAUGACGUUGUACAUUGCACAUACCCUCUGGAUCCCCACAGUUUGGUUCCCCUCCCAGCCACCCCUUUAUAGUAUGACGAGUUAACAAGUUGGUGACCUGCACAAAGCGAGACACAGCUAUUUAAUCUCUUGCCAGACAUCGCCCCUCUUGGUGCGAUGCUGUACAGGUCUCUGUAAAAAGUCCUUGCUGUCUCAGCAGCCAAUCAACUUAUAGUUUAUUUUUUUCUGGGUUUUUGUUUUGUUUUGUUUUCUUUCUAAUCGAGGUGUGAAAAAGUUCUAGGUUCAGUUGAAGUUCCUGAUGAAGAAACACAAUUGAGAUUUUUUCAGUGAUAAAAUCUGCAUAUUUGUAUUUCAAACAAUGUAGCUAAAACUUGAUGUAAAUUCCUUUUUUUCCUUUUUUGGCUUAAUGAAUAUCAUUUAUUCAGUAUGAAAUCUUUAUACUAUAUGUUCCACGUGUUAAGAAUAAAUGUACAUUAAAUCUUGGUAAGACGUUUGUGAGGCUUUUUAUUGUCUUCAAACUACUUAAAAGCUUGACCAUUUGAUGGGGGUGGGGGUUGGACCUGUUCUUGCACCUCCCCUGAUGUGCUCUCUUCCCCCAAAUGGUGGCCCCUUGGAACCUGAAAUUUCUUGACCAUAUUCCGCUUGAACCCCAUAGUGUAAGUCUAAGUUCAGGAAAGCUCUGAGAAGAUUUAGCCUACAGGAGGAAGUUCCAGGCAUAAAAGCAUGUUAGCCUCUUGAUAGAACCAAAACCCAAACUGCCAUCGAGUUGAUUCUGACUCAUAAUGACCCUAUAAACAGAGUAGAACUGCCCCAUAGGGUUUCUAGGGAACGGGCAGUGGAUUUGAACUCCCGAACUUUUGGUCAGCUGAACACUUAACCACUGUGCCACCAGGGCUCCUCUUGAAAUAAAGUGACUUUAAAUAGCCAAAGAAAUUGAUGAUACUCUAGGGGGAAAGAAAAUUUAUAAAUUGUUGGCAAAGGGAGACUGUUUCCUUUAGAAAUUUUUAACAGUAAGGCAACCAUUUAUCUGGAGUAGGCCUCCAACUUAAUUAUCUCCAGACUGGCUCUCUCCCUGCCUCCAGACUAGUAUAUUCAGCUGCCUUUUUUUAUACUGUUGCUUGUAAAUUUAAUUGAAUAUGCCAAAAUGCCCUGUCUUCCCCUAGAAAUCUGCUCCAAUAAUCAUCUCAGUAGAUGGCAACUCCAUCCUUCUAUUGCUUGGCCAAAAAAAAACACAUGGAAGUUAUCCUUGAAUCCUUUCACUUCCACGUCCAGUGUGUCAGCACACUUCAGAAAAUACUCCUCAAUCCAGCCACUACCACUCUGGUCCAAGACACUCUCUUAUCUUUCCCGGAUUCUUGAAAUAGCUUUUGAACUUGCCUCCCGGCUUCUGCUUUGCCUGGUUGAACCUAUUCUCAACGUAGCAACCAGAUGAUCCUUUCAAAAUCCAAAUCGGGUCAAAAUCCUCAUAAUAGCUUAGGAGUCCUUCAGUUACCUAAUUUGCCACUAUGUUUCUGAUCCCACCUCUCUUUCUCCAUUGUUCACUCUGUUAUAUAGGGUUAUUUUCACCUUGGAAUCUUUGUACUUAACUGUUCCCUCUGCCUAGAAUAUUCUUUCAUCAGGUAUCUGCAUGACUCAAGCCCUUACGUCCUUCAGGUCUUUGCUCAAAUGUCCUGUCAGUAAAGCUUUCCCUGAUCACCAUAUUUAAAAUUAAAAUCUCCGUUCCAUUUUCCUUCUCUGCCUCAUUUUUCUUUAUAGCACUUGUUACCAUCUGGCCCAUUUACUUACCUGUUCUUCACUAGGAGUUCUGAGUGCAGCGGUGUUUUCUUUUGUUCACUGCUGUAUCCAUGUCCUACAGCAUGGCCUGGCACAUAGUUGCCUCUUAAUAAGUAGUUGUUGAAUGAAGUAGAUGUUGAUCAGGUCCAGUUGCUUUUACAAGGCUAAAGCUACAGUAUGUGGCUUCUCUGUUCAUCUUCUUAGGAAAAAAAUAUGUAGAAUUCCUUCAAGUUCAGCUUCCCGGAAAAAUGCUAUUACUGUGGGCACUUAGAAGCGAAACUUGAAACAACUUCCUAUUAAGUACCUACCUGUAUGCCAGACAUAAAAUAUCACAAAUAAUCCUACUACAGCCCUGUGCUACUGAGGUCAGUAUCCUGGCUUUCGUUUUACAGUCAAGGAAAGAGACAAGUGAGAGGCCUCCUGAGCCCACACACCAAGGUCUACCUGACUCCAAGACCCAUAAACCACUGCACUUUCUGAAUCAAAAGAGAACCGGGGGUAACGAUCUACCUGUGGAGCUCAGCAAGCCAAAGCAAGAUUUGUUGUAUUUAGCAUGAGGUAAAAUUGUCCCAAGAGUUUGAACCAAGUGUUUAUCAAGUUAAGUGUGGCUGUUAAUAUUUGGGUCACAAAGAGGAAUGAAUAUUGAGAGAGGGGAAAAAAGGCAAUUGGCUAACCUCAAUCAAGAUGUGCUCCUAGGACUCUUCUGGAAAAUACUGAAUGGGAAGAUUUUCAUAUCUAUAUUUAAGUGAGCCUGGUUUUUAAUGCCUAUUUUUGCUCCUGGCCCCUUGAACUCUAUUUCCUAGUCUAGAAAGUGAAUUUCUGGGCUGUGUGUGGAGCGUUACAGUGGAGUUUGGUUUCCUGGGUUCCUUUCAUCUGCUCUCCUGCAAUGCAGGGGCAGCCUAGCCCGGUCUCCAAUUUCUGACUGGAGUUACCACGGGACCAAGAGAACUGCUAGCCACUGAGCUGUGAGUAAUUUGCUUUUGAGAACUAAAUAGAACCUAACCAGUGGAGAACCCAGGGGUGUGGCUAAUAGUUUUUUUCCCAGGCUCCUCCCUCUCCACCCCCCAAAUGACCUUAACCUUCUUCCAUAGCUGGAGAGCAGCCAAGUCCAGCCUAAACAAUACUCUCAACCUCAUUGGCUCUUUUGCCUUGCAGCCGCGUCCACCCCAGAGUGGCUAAGGCCCUUCCCGCUAGGUCUCUAGUCAGAGAAACAACAGUAGGGUCAGGAUUUUCCAACUAUUGAAAGACAAACACUGAAGGAAGGGUAAAAAAUAUCUAGUGUUCAUGGACUAUAUAAAGGAUCAGUGUUUGGCUCCUGCAAUUGGGAGCCAAGGUGAGUCUUUGUUCUGGGGUGGAUGGGCAUCUUUAAGUGGUAAAACAGAGGCCAAAAGAAUGCUUUUGGUAAAUGUCCAAGACCUGAGUGAUGCCAUUCUAGAUGUAAGGAUGGAUGUGGAUAUCACCCAGCAUCCUUGGAAACUGCUAAUGAAUGCCCUUUUAUCCACAGUGAAAAGAAGUAACAUAAAGUUCUGGUAAGGGCACAGUUGCCUGGCAUCACGGACCUUAGCCCUGCCUGCUAACAGUUGUCAGUAACAGGAAUUAAAAAACAGUGUGAUCACUUUUGCCCCAUAAUAGUAUGGCUAUAGAGCCAAUGUCCUAUGUCAGGGCCAGCCACUCCAUCAUUCUGAUAGGAUUAGGACCACUUGUAGUGUCUGGUAACUGAGCUACUGAGAAUAGAUGUAGUGGGCUGUCUCUCUGCCCAUCCUGGGCCAAGCCCACCUCCAGAUGAGGAGGCAGGAGCAAGGUAAGACAUGCUGAGAAAUGAGUUGUCAGAGAGCGGCAGGGAGGUGAGAACUACCGAACUUCCUUCUCCCUACCUUUGGUGGGAAAAUCACUCUUAUUUGUUCAGGGAAUUAUAACAGCCCACCUUUACUGAGCACUUACUUUAUGCCAAACACUAUAUAUAAUUCCAAUGAAGUAGAUAUUAUCAUCAUCUGCAUGAGGGCAAGGACUGUCUAUCUUGCUCAGUGCUGCAUCCUUACCCUUGGCACAUGGUGGGCACUCCAACAUUGGUGGACUUGGUAUGCCUUAUACAGGGUUCUUGGCAUGGGCCACAAAUACUCUUUAAACAAUUGGUAAAAGGGAGAGAGAGGAUAAGGGUAAACCUGAUAUUAGAAUAGUAUGGAGUGGUAGAAAGAACUAGUCUGGGAGGCUGGAGACCUGACUUCAAGUCCCACUUCUACCAUUACCUCUGUGACCUCAGGUCAGCGACUUCCUCUGAGUUUUAGCUCCCUCAUCCAUAAAAUGUAGAUAUCAGAUUAAACAAAUGAAUUAAUUCACCAGAUCUUUAUCUUGUACACAGAAUGUGCAAGACACUGUUUUAAAUGCUGGGAAUACAUGGAUAAACAAAGUCCAUGCUCUCCUAGAGCUUACAUCUCAGAAGAGAGAAUCAGACCAUGAAACGAGGAAAAUUCACAGACAAGAUAAUGUGUGAUGUUAAGUGCUAUGAAGAAAAUAGAACAGGGUGAUGGUGGUUGUGGCUGGGUAGUCAGGGAAGGCCUCUGGGAAGAGGUAACAUUUCAACUGAGAGCCAGACGUAGUGGGCCAGCUAACAGGUAGCCUGGCAGUAGAGUUUCAAGCAGGGAAAAAGAAAGAGACAUGUUCAAGAAACAAAUGGUAUAGCCCCCAUACAUUCUAGGAUUCUAGUAACAGCGAUGCGUUACUUGCAUUGUUUGGGUUAGGGGUUUGUAUUAUGAAACUGUUUCUUGGCGGUGUGGGAUAUUUGCUUCUUAAAGGAAGUAGCUGGGAGGUAUAGAGUUUCCAGAACUGGGAUACAGCUCUCUCUGGCUUGCUCUUCGCAGUUUUGGUCGCUCAAUUGGCUGCCUGUGUUGAUGCAGGCUCCAUUUUAGCUGCAGACUCUAAAAGCAAAGAUUGGAGACAGUUGUCUCCUCCACGCCUCACUCACAGCUUUGGAGGCCCAGAACCCCCUCCCAUCACACCCAGCCUCCUUCCAAUCUGACAAGCCAGGGCUUUAAGAGCACAAAACUCAGCUUCCCUGUUUUCCUUUCGGAGCAGGAGCCAGAAAAUGAAACAGGAAACAGAGUGGAAGAGGAGGGGGUUGGGCAGCAGAGAAGGAAAGGAAGAAGAAAUGGCAGAAAAGUAGAACUGAAGAGCUGGACAAAGUUCUACCUUGAACAGGUUAUGCUUAAGCUUUUAGAAAAUAUUGACUUGUCACAAGAGACCCCUGUCCUUUUAACAAACAGAUUUUUGAGGAAAUUUGGUGUGUAUAGAGGGGACCCUGAGAAUGUUAUGUCUUUUUCUCUUGGGAAUUCAGACAGUUCAUUUCAUAGUUUUAUCUCUGCAAACAGUGCUGCUUGGAGCCUCAUGGAUUUCAAGAUUCAAGCCAGAACCUUAGGCCUCAGUCAUGGAUGUGUCCUGGCUUUGCCUUUUCACUGGAGCUGAAAGCCAGUGUGUGUCACUGAAAAACAUGGGGGAAGGGCAUUCUAAACUGCGUUUUUUCAUUCUCCUGCAACAAACACGUAACGACUAAAAUGUGAUUUGUACUUUAUCCACCUUACACACAACAAAUAUCUGAGGACAGCUUAAGUCUCAGGACCUGCGAUGGGUUAUAAAGAACCAAAAGAUACAGUCCCUGGGCCCCACAGAGUUGAUGUGGGCUAGUUUUCUUUGCCUGGAGAGAUAGCAACCACCUCUUUGUUCCCACCCACAUUAGUAGCUGUUGGAAAAGAUAAACCCCUCCCUCCAGGCAGGGCUGUGGGCCAGAGGCUAACACAGACCCCAGCUUCGUUUGGGGGACAAAUAACUGAAACCGCAGAAGGCUUUGGAAUCCUGAGAAGCAAAAAAUCCACCAACGGAGAGGGAUUUAUUAUCUGUUUCCUUUAAGGAGGGUGCAAAGUUGUUCUAACAGUUUCCGUUACAGGGGUACCAACUGGCCGCUCCUCCCUAACAGCCGGUUUUGUUGAGUUAGCUUCUUUUUUUCUUUUUUGGCCCCACUUCCUAUGAGAGAAACUGCUUGAGUGAGGAAGGAGAAAGGAGUCCUGGGGGUUGUUCUCAGAGGUUUCCUUCACCAUCCUCAUUAGCAACCUGAGGUGGAGCUGAGGAUUGAAGGAGGACAGAAGGUUCCUGGUUGCCGGAGGAGGGGAAAAUCAGGGGGAUCCCCCACUUUCUUCACACGCAGGACACAGGGUGCCGCUGCUGGCCACAGAAACCCCAAGAAAGCUUUUCUUUCCAUUCAGAGAACACCUAUUGUGUGCCAGGCCCUGUGCUGAGCUGUUGUUGCUUGACAGCAGGGAAAGUGCGGCUCUGGCUUCUGUGAAGAGGCCGCGGGGCAGCCCCCAGCUACCAGAGCCUCGGUACCCAUAGGGAAUUCAGUGAAUGCGAAUCGAACUGGGUGUACUUGUAAGCUAAGUGUAGGCUACACGUCUCCUGUGGUCGCUGAGGCUAGAGCUUGACUCUGGAGAGGGAAAAUGAAGAAGGGAAGCCUGCUGAAGUGGUAGAGAAUUUAGAAGCCUGAAGGAGGUCAGUCCUGGUGCAAAACCCCUGAAUUCCUGGUGGUGAGAGAAUGUGGCCCCUGGACCCAUCCCGGAAAGAGGUACUGCGGUUUGCAGUCGGCUGUCGAGUCCUGACUCUGGUGCUUCAGGCCCUGUUCAACGCCAUCAUCCCAGAUCACCAUGCGGAAGCCUUCUGCCCUCCUCGCCUGGCCCCCUCGGGCUCUGUGGACCAACUUGUGGAAGUUCUUCUGGGUGGCCUGUCUCACUGGGAUGCUGAGCACUUCCUGUUCAUUGCUGAGCAUGGCUACCUGUAUGAGCACAACUUUGCCUUCUUCCCUGGUUUUCCCCUGGUCCUGCUGGUGGGGGCUGAACUGCUGCUGAGACCCCUGCGGGGGUUACUGAGCCUGCGGAGUUGCUUGCUAAUUUCAGUAGCAUUGCUCAACUCCGUGUUCUUCGUGUUGGCAGCAGUGGCACUUCACGACCUGGGCUGUCUGGUUUUGCACAGUCCCCGCCAGGCCUUCUACACAGCGCUGCUCUUCUGCCUCAGCCCUGCCAAUGUCUUUCUGACAGCUGGUUACUCAGAAGCUCUGUUUGCCCUCCUGACAUUCAGCGCCAUGGGGCAGCUGGAGAGGAGCCGAAGCUGGACUAGUGGACUCCUCUUUGCCCUUGCCACUGGUGUACGCUCCAACGGGCUGGUCAACAUUGGGUUCCUUGUGCAUGCCCAGUGUCGAGGCUUUUUCUCUUCUCUUAAGGUGGAGAGUGCCCUGAGGCAGCUCGUUAAGCUGGCGGCCUCUGUGUUCCUGUCAGUGUUCAUACUUGGCCUUCCUUUUGUCCUAUUUCAGUAUUACGCCUACACCCAGUUCUGUCUACCAGGCUCAGCCCAGCCCAUCCCUGAGCCCUUGCUGCAGUUAGCUGUGAAUAAGGGCUACCGUACUGCCGAUGGAAAUGAGCCACCUUGGUGCUCCUGGAACUUUCCCCUAAUAUACAGUUUUAUCCAGGAUGUCUACUGGAAUGUUGGCUUUUUGAGAUACUAUGAACUCAGGCAAGUGCCCAAUUUUCUACUGGCUGCGCCAGUGGCUAUACUGGUUGCCUGGGCGACUUGGACAUACGUGACCACCCACCCUUGGCUCUGCCUUACACUUGGGCUGCAAAGGAACAAGAAGACCCUAGAGAAGCCUGAUCAUGGAUUCCUCAGUCCUCAGGUGUUUGUGUACCUGGUCCAUGCUGUAGUGCUGCUGCUGUUUGGAGGUCUGUGCAUGCAUGUUCAGGUUCUCACCAGGUUUUUGUGCUCGUCCUCUCCUAUUGUGUACUGGUUUUCAGCUCACCUGCUUCAGAAUCAAGAGCCAUUGCUGAGGUCCCUAGAGACUGUACCUUGGAAGCCUCUUGCCGGGGACUCCCCACCAGCACAAAAGGUCCCCAGAAAUCCUAUCAAGGGACUUUUGUACAACUGGAAAACCUGUUCCCCAGUUACACGAUACAUUCUAGGCUACUUCCUGACUUACUGGCUCCUGGGACUACUCCUGCAUUGCAACUUCCUGCCUUGGACAUGACCUGGAGUCUCAAGGGACAGACUUGAACCAACUUCACCGAGGUCUCUGAAAGCACAAAUACACAUUGGGACUGCCUGCGCUGCCCUGGGGUUAUCACUCUGUCCAUUAAAGCCUCUCUUUCUCUCUUACUCUCUGUUAGAAGGUUGGUUAGGUAGAGGAGAAGUGUGAGCCACUAGAGAGCCCCUCUGGUUUUGGCCAGGGCAAAUUUUAGAGUAGUAACUGUUUUCGCUGUAAGCAAAGAUGUCUUACUCCAGGUCUAAAGUAUGCCUGGAUCUAUCCUCCAGUCAACCAAGCAUAGCAGAGAUCCUCUUAACCCUGUCGCUGACUCAUACAUAAAUUUAAAUUACUUAAAUGUAAAUUUCAUCCAAGGCUGUUACAGGUAAGAUGGUGGCGGCCUGUUCAGUGUGGUGGCAGUAGUACAGUGAGGCUGUCUUUCCAAAAUAGAACACUUUUCUGACGAUUUUUUAAUGAUUUGUGAAUUCAUUUAUAUGAAAAACUUAUAUGCAAAUUAAACAGCGCUUAGCUAUAAAAA